AGAUGGAUACAUCUGAUCAUAGCCUAAAUCAGAUUUUUGUUCCAAGGUAGGUCACACUAAAGCCUAUUCCGAUAUCCAACAACGAAAAUGACAGACUGAUAGUUAUAACUGCAGGGGCUUUGGCCUAAAUGUGUUGCCUCCACAAGUCAGAAGACAUCACUGGAUAAACCAGUUAAAUUCCAAAAACUCAAUUUAGCAUAGCACUGAAUGCAAAGCGAGGGCAGGACAAGUUGGCCUUGUUAAUAGGCUAAGUACAGAUAUUUAUUUUUUAAAAGUUCAGAUAGGGUUCCAAUUCUGGAUCGAUGACGUCACUUACAAAUGGCGGCGGGCGUAAAGCAAACUAGACGUGGGAUUUUAUUUGUGGAACCACUAUAACUUGAUGUAGUAUUUUCAUGCUUUUCAAGUUGGCUUUCGAGCAUAAGUUUUAGCAGGCUUUACUAAAGCUGUUUGAAGGUUUUUCUAACCACAGUAGCCAAGAGUAGGCCUGCAGUGGUGACAUUGUUUUGGUACGAGAAAGCGGGUCUAUAUGUGUCGGUAUUUCAUGUGUACAGCACAAUUCACAAGAUGUAAAGAUAACUUAUUAACCACAGACAUUGAUUUUUGCUUGAUGCAUAAAAAACCAUUGCACAAGUUCGUUGAAAAAAAUGCCGAAGAGACCCAUUGCUCGAAAAAAGCUCUUCCGGGUUCAUAAACCAACUGAUCGUCCAGGUUGACAUUGCUAGAACGCCCCGAGUCUCUAGGUAUUGGCGACUUCUUAUAGAUGUCAUCUGAGCAUUUGUCAUGCACGGAGUAGUAUGGCAAACAACGGGAACAAAAAUUGGACGGUUGUUGUUUUAACUUGUCAGCACAAAGACAGUGUAUAUGCAUUUCAGAGGGAGUUGGACUUGCGGCAGCAGCGUGGGGGACUUCCGCCAGGCACCCUGCUGCUGACCGUGGCCGACCCACAGGCGCGACUGGGCAGUGGGGGAGCCACUCUCAACGCCCUCCUGGUGGCCGCCGAGCACCUCAGCGCCAGAGCAGGACACACUGUGGUGACUGCAGAUGUCUUGGAUGAUGCCCACAUUCUCAUCCUUCACACGGGAAGAGAUUUCCCCUGGGAUAGCUGUGGGAGAGCAUUCUGUUGGCUACCUGUAGGGGGCGCUCAGCAAGCAGUGGAGAGUCCAGUUUGCUGCUUGGACACGCUGCUGGACUGCCUUUCUCAUCAGGUCAGCCCUGGCUCACCACCAGGAGUGUGGGUAUGCAGUACAGACAUGAUCCUCACCCUCCCCUCCAGACAAGUGAUGUCCUGGGAGGGCUUCUCAGGGGUUCGAGUGCUGGCGCUGCCAGGUGACGUCUCAUACGCCACCAAUCACGGGGUCUAUCUCAGUGAUGGACAGGGCGGAGUGUGUGACAUCAUCUACAGGGGGUCAGAGGAGCAGAUCCGGCAAGCCAUCCUGCCUGAUGGGAAGGUGCCGUUGGUUUCUGGCCCAGUGUUCCUAAGCAGGAGUGUGUCCGAGAAACUACUCCAGACUCAUGUCACCUCACCACUGGACGGCUGCACCUACCUGGGCAUGGAUUCCGGGGCUCCAUCCUUACAGAUCUCUCUCUUUCUGGACAUACUGAUGUGUCUGUGCUCAGAUGUGAGCGAGACUCAGUUUAUCAGUGAGGAAAGGCCCGGCUCCACCUCCCCAACAGGGCCACAGGGGGCAGCAGUGAGGUCGGCCAGGGCAGUCCUGUGGAAGACGCUGAGAGGAACUCCUCUCUCUAUGGAAUACAUAGCAGAUGGGACCUAUGACUACAUGACUCUAUCAGGGAAGGAGCACAUUAGCCGGCUGACAAGAAAAGGAUGGCAGAUGGAGACCCUGUCUCAUAUCCAGAAGAUGGACUGUGUGAGUGCAGAUAGCAGAGUGAUAAACAGUGUGCUGGAGGGAAAUGUCACGGUGUCAUCUGGAGCUGUAAUUCAACAUUGCCACCUCCAGGGCCCAGUACAAGUGCAGUCUGGGAGUUUCCUGUCCGGACUGGAGGCCACCUCUGGAAGCCACCUCCAGCAGCUGCUUCUGAGUGGUGACAUUAUCAUCCAGGGACACCGUGUGCAGCUUGGAGAGCUCAAACUGACCGUUUACACAGUGCUGGGAGCACAUGAUGCUCUGGAGGCUUCUUAUGAGGAAUCCACUUUCCUGAACCACAACUGGACUGACCUGUACAAACGUACUGGGAUACGGCCUGAGGAGAUAUGGGCCACCAGCAGUGAAAGCAAGACGCCUCGACCCCUCUGGGACGCCCGGCUCUUCCCCGUGUUCCAGCCCCGUGACGGAGCGGUCGGACUGGAAGGGGUUUCCUGGUUAAUGUCGGGGGGCCCCGGAACUCUGGAGUGGUGGAGAGGGGCCUGGAGGCUGUCCCUGAGGGAGGUGCUGUCCCUCACCGACCAGGAGGGGGAGCUGUGCUGGAGAGAGGAGCUGUUCUUCCGCGCGGCUAGGAAGAGAGCCACGGACACGCUGAGAGGCCACAGCGACCACAGCCUCCUGCCCAGCAUCAGAGCUGCUGUUCUGGGUGGCCAGCAGGGGAAGCUCCUGAGCACGCUGGACAGUGUGGCAGCAGGCAGCAGUGAGAACCUCGGUGUGGCCGCACGAACUCUGGCCUGCAUAGCCGACGUGCUGGGCUGCAUGGCCGGGGAGGGCAAGGGAGGCCUGAGGAGCGGCCCCGCCGCCAACCCCGCCUGGGCCGCGGCCUUCAGCCUGCUGGAGCGGCCAGAUCUCCCUGCAGGGAUCCAGGCACUGGCCAAUCAGAGGAGUCACUGGAUAAACAGGCCUGAUAUGUUGGUACGUGCAGCAAGACACUAUGAGGGGGCAGGUCAAGUGUUGCUACGGCAGGCGGUGAUGUCGGCACAGGAGUUUGUAUCCAUCGGCCAGGGAGAGAUGCCACCCAUUGGGGAGUGGCAAGAGGUGGAGUGCCCUGCCAGGCUGGACCUAUCAGGUGGCUGGAGUGAUACGCCGCCCAUUGCCUUUGAGCGGGGCGGGGCCGUGGUGAACGUGGCAGUGAAGGUGGAUGGAAGGCGGCCCAUUGGUGCCAGAGCGCGCCGCAUCAGAGAACCCCGUCUGCUAUUGGUCACCUCCAGCAGUGGGGCGGACUGCAGUGUCGCCACGGAAACAGUCUGCCGGACACUGCAAGAUCUGGAGGACCACUGUCAACCCCAUGCCCCUGGUGCCCUGCUGAAGGCUGUGUGUGUGUGCAGCGGGCUGGUCACCUUCCCUUCCCAGCAGCCUCUGGCCGAGCAGCUGCUGCAGCGCUGGGGUGGAGGACUGGAGCUGCACAGCUGGUCCCUCCUGCCUUACGGCUCCGGCCUAGGGACCAGCAGUAUUCUGGCUGGGGCAGUGCUGGCCGCAGUGUACAGGAGCACAGGCCGCACCUACGACACAGACUCCCUCAUUCACGCAGUGCUACAUCUGGAGCAGACUUUAACAACAGGUGGAGGUUGGCAGGACCAGGUGGGCGGGCUUGUGGGCGGGGUGAAGGUGGCUCGCUCUAGGGCCUCCCUGCCCCUCAGGGUGGACGUGGAACGCCUCUCCCUCUCCCAGGAUUUCCUGUCUGCCCUGCAACAGCGCCUCAUACUGGUGUACACGGGCAAAACGCGGCUGGCGCGCAACCUACUGCAGGAUGUGGUGAGGAGCUGGUACAGCCGACUGCCCUCCAUUGUCACAAACACUGACCAACUGGUCACCAAUGCUGAGGAGUGUGCUCUUGCAUGCACUGAUGGCUCCCUCUCCAGGCUGGGGGCCUGUCUGGACUGCUACUGGGCGCAGAAGAAGGUGAUGGCGCCGGGCUGCGAGCCGGCUGCGGUGCGGAGCAUGAUGAACGCCCUGCGGCCGCUCGCCUUGGGCCAGAGCCUGGCUGGAGCGGGCGGCGGGGGCUUCCUCUACCUGCUGACCCGAGACGGCCAGCAGGAGGAGGCAGUGCGGCAAGUUCUCGGCAGCACACCGGGUCUGGGAGAUUUCACUGUCCACUCCGUAGAACUGGACAUGGAAGGGAUCUGUGUUCUUCAGUCAGCAAGAUCACCAGACCAAUGAGGAAAACUACAGUGAUCAUGAAAGUGUUUGGAUGUCAAAAGAUGUCUGUUUCUGGUCUUUUAAUCACUGUUAAACUGUAAGUCUAGAAGAUUUUUACUUUUAACAUAGAAACCUACGAACUGCACAUUUGAUACAUACAUUAUCAUAACAGAAUUAUUCAAAAAUAACUUUUCCUAACACUGAAUGCAUCACCGACAUGAGAAUGCCAACACUGUGUGAGAAGACUAUGAGUUUUGUAUUUUUCUUUCCAAUCUGUAAAUACUGACACUUGUGUUCACACUCCAAGAUAUGUUUUCAUGAGACAUGCUUCUCUCAAGCAAAGACAUACUUGAAACAUUCCACAAAUUAAAUAAUAUUUGUAUUUUAAUAAUUCA